CCCCCAAUUCCAUUCCUCUCCCAUUCUUCUCGUACGCGGGCCGAUUGCGACCUCCCCCGCCACACGCCAUCACCAUCGCCCUUCGCCCCCCACCGAACCCCCGCCCCCGCUCCUCCGCCUCCGCCCCAGCGCCCGCUAGUCCUCCCCGCGCCGCCUCGGGGACGCCCCGGUCGGCGAUGUGGCGGGAGCAUGCUGGGACCGCUCCUCAGGCUCCUCUCGGGGUGCAGCGGGGUCUGGCCCACCUCACCGGCCCCCGGCUCCGCCUCCGCCUCGGGGGAAGACUCUGAGGGCCGCGACGGCCUCCUCUGGUGGCGCGACCUCGCGCGCUGCCACGCCGGCGAAGUCUCCCUCGCCGUCGCCCAGGCCAACCAGGUGCUCGAGGACCAGUGCCGCCUCGAGUCCGCCCCGCCCCUCGGCACCGUCAUCGGCGUCUUCGACGGCCACGGCGGCCCCGACGCCGCCCGCUUCGCCUGCGACAACCUCUUCCCCAACCUCCGAGAGGCGUCCUCCGGCCCGCAGGGCGUGACCGCGAACGCCGUCAGGGAGGCGUUCCUGGCUACGGAGGCAGGCUUCCUCGAGCUCGUCUCGCGCCUGUGGGAAACCCAGCCGGACAUCGCCACGGUCGGCACGUGCUGCCUCGUCGGCGUUGUGCACAAGAGGACCCUGUUCGUCGCCAGCCUCGGCGACUCUCGAGCUGUUCUCGGCAAGAAAGUGGGCCGCACUGGGCAGAUUGCUGCGGAGCAGUUGUCCAGUGAGCACAAUGCCAACCAGGAGUCCGUCAGACAGGAGCUCAUGGCACAGCACCCGGAUGAUCCUCAGAUUGUUGCCCUCAAGCAUGGGGUAUGGAGAGUGAGGGGCCUUAUACAGGUGUCGAGAUCAAUCGGUGAUGUAUACCUGAAACAUGCCAAGUAUAACACAGAGCGGAUAAAACCCAAGUUCAGGCUUUCUGAAUCAUUCACUAGGCCAAUACUGAGCGCUGAUCCAUCUAUCAUAUCCCGCAAUCUUCAACCAAGUGACAGUUUUAUCAUAUUUGCAUCAGAUGGUUUGUGGGAACACCUAAGUAAUCAGGAUGCCGUUGAGAUUGUUCACAACCAUCAACGUGCUGGAAGUGCAAGAAGACUCAUCAAAGCUGCUCUCCAAGAAGCGGCACGGAAGCGUGAGAUGCGUUACUCGGACCUUACAAAGAUCGACAAGAAGGUCCGGAGGCAUUUUCAUGAUGACAUUACCGUCAUCGUCUUAUUUUUAAAUUAUGACCUAUUAGUGAAAGGCGCUGCGCGAGGACAACCCCUCUCCAUCAGAUGCGCUCUAGAUUAUGGGUCCAUGGAUCCCGCCGCCGCGGCCUCCGCCGACGGAGGCGCAUUCCUGGAGUUCGUCGAUUACGCUGUCUCCGUGCUCUCCUCGUCCGGCGACGACGGCUACGAGUCACCCGGGGACGGGCCGGCGCCGGCGCGGCCGCCGUGGGGGUGGGUGGUGGCGCAGGUGCUCAAGUCGUGCUGCGCCUACUCCAGUGGCGUCACCGCCGCCAUCAUCCUCUCCGACCUCUUCCAGUUUUGGACAGAACAGCGUAAAUCCCUAAAUUCAAAGAGGAAGGUCGAGCUGACCAAACUUAUAAACACGAGGAAUAAGAGGAGGAGGCUUCCUAAUACUGUUACAAUCGAUUCUAUCCAUGAGAAGAACUUCCUAUCUCCCAAGGGUGUCCUUGAAACUGUUGUCAUCGAUGUGUUCGUCCUUCCUGGUACAAACAUAUACAUGCUUACCUUGGGAGACACGUGGAGCGCAUCCACUAUCGACCUAUAUUUACACCGAAGGUACUAUGACUACAUAGGACAGGAUGGUAUAUUGAAGAAGGGUCGAGAAGUUAUGCUCACAGGAUGCUGUCUUCGUACAGCCAUAGAGGGAUCUGGCCAUGCUCGUAUUUUGCCCACAGAAUACAUGGUGAUGGUACUUGAUGAGGACCAAGAUGAAGAUGCCAUGUUACUUGCUGCACAGUUUUGCACCUACUCAUUCUCAUCUAUAAUUCUAGAUGAAAGUACAAAUGAUGUUCCAUACUCAUUCUAUGCAAGGAUUGAAAAGAUUGAGUCCCUGGAACCUUUUAGCUGUACAGAAAGAAAGCAGAUUGUUCUUGUAGACAAUGAUGAUGUGAAGAUGAAUUUUAUUUUAUGGGGAGAGCAGGUUCUACUUGCAAAUCUUUUCAGUGUAGGGAGCAUGCUUGCUCUGGAUAGGCCUUUCAUCGCGAACUUUGUAGACAGUAAUCAUGAGUCUCAAGAACUGUGCCUUGAAUAUGGCAGUGCAACACAGGUUUACGUGGUGCCGAUUGCUCAACAAGAAGAACAGGUGCCUUUUACACCUACUCAAUUAAAGAGCCAAGGACCUCGACUAUCGUGUCUUCCGACUGAUAAUGUAGCUUCACAAGUAACAUUACCACGAGAUUUGCAUGGUUCAGUUGAUUUCAGUAAAUAUCCAUGUCGAGUAUAUGUAACUGAUCUUCGUUAUAAAAUGGUGGGAGUCUGUCUGUUUGGUACCAUAACUAGUGUUUGCAAAGCAAGCGCAUCAGGGACUACAUUUUAUUUGGGGGUAGAGGACACAACAGGAGUUGUUCUGAUGAAACUUAUCUUUAUUGGACCCUGGUCAUUAGGUAGAGUAGGAGUUGGACAUAUCGUGUACAUCUCCGGUUUGGCUUGCACCAUGAGUUCAAAAAAUAUCCCUGAAGUCUCAUGGCUCGAGAAGGAGCCAGGGUCUCUGUUUGUUAACUUGAGCUUGCUACCAGCGCUGCUGAAUUCGUCGUGCCUGCAUAAUUUAGCACCCUUGUCAGAUCUUCCCCGUUUGACAAACAGAACACAUAUAUGCCGUGUUCGACUAGACCACAUCGAUUGCAACACCUUAAAAGUGCUAUUAUUCCACAACGUUUGUGGCUGUGUUGUAAAUGAGCAUUCUGGUGAACUUCAAUGUUCUUUUUGUACGAGUGCCUGCCAUAGUGGGUUUGCGCGUGGCUUUCAGUUGCACUUGACCAUUGCAGACGACAGUGCAAAGGUCUUUGCUUGGUGUGUCGGGCAAACGGCCAUCGAGUUCCUUCAGAUAUCUCCUGAUGAAUAUCUGGAACUCCCUGAGGAUGAACGGGCAAUGUACCUGUACACUCUCCAGAACGAGAGUUUCAUGGUUGCCAUUGUGAACACCAGGGAGCGGGUCGAUGGAUGUGAUGCGACUGACGAAGCUCUCCCGAAUUGGGAGAUCACAAGAGCCCAAAAAUGCGAGUGAGUUUCUUCAGUACUAGAGGAAGGAAAAGAUUCUGAGGGAAAGUUGCUGCCCAUGUUUUAUUUCCAAGUUUGGUUUAUGUUGCAGCAGUGCUUUGUAAGUGAAGCUUAAGGAGAACGUUAGUUAACUGAAACACUCGAGAGUAAUGAGCAAAAACGCCGUCCGGGAA